AAUUAUUUAUGGAUAUAUUUACGGGAUUUUUAUUUCUGUUCGUUGUGGAUGCUGCUUUAGCUGAUGAUGUUGUCGGUUGUGGAGGCUUUGUCAAGUCAGAUGUAGAUAUAAAUUAUUCUUUUAUAGAGAUGAAGCUUUAUACAAAGCAAGGUAUCUUGAAAUAUAAAACAGAUUGUGCUCCAAAUAAUGGUUACUUUCUUAUUCCUCUCUAUGACAAGGGAGAUUUUGUUUUAAAGGUUGAGCCUCCUCAAGGGUGGAGUUUUGAUCCUUUAAGUGUCGAUCUUCAUAUUGAUGGCACAACAGACAAAUGCACUAAAGGAGAAGAUAUCAAUUUCAUUUUUACUGGUUUUACAAUGUCUGGGAAGGUUGUUAGUAAAGGACGUCAGAUUGGUCCAUCUGGGGUUAAAAUUUUGUUGAAAAAUGAAGGUUCUGAGAGAGAAACUAAAACAACAGAGGAAGGAUUUUUCAGCUUCUCCAGAGUCCUCCCUGGAAAAUAUUCCCUGGCAGCAAGUCAUCCAACAUGGACAUUCCAGACUGCUGUUACCAUGGUAGAAGUUGUAAGCAAUAAUAUUGAAGUAAUGGAUAAACUUAUUGUUGCUGGUUAUGAUGUAAAGGGUCAUGUUUUGAGUGAACAUCAAGCCAUACAAGGAGUGGAUUUUAUUCUCUUUUCCCUUACACUCGAAGCAGAGGAUGUCCGUGGCUGUGAUCCGAUUGAACCAAGAAUUCUUGUAAAAAUUUCCAAGAAAGCUGAAGGGAAGCCAUUAUGCAAGACAAAAUCUCAAAAGGAUGGAACGUUUUUAUUUUCUAGUGUUCCAACUGGUGAAUACACACUGGUGCCGUUCUACGAGGGCGAAGUUAUAACUUUUGACGUUGUACCAACUAAACUGAAAUUCAAAGUCAAUUACAAAAGCGUUGUUCUGAAGACUCCUUUUGAAGUGCAUGGUUUCUCUGUUAGUGGAAAAAUUGUAAAUUUAGGAAACGGCGAGGGAAUCGCAAAUGCAAAGGUUUCCCUUGACGGUGUUUAUAAAACUGAAAGCAACAAUGAUGGAGUUUAUGUAUUGGAUAACGUUACUUCAGGUCAUUAUACAAUCCUGGCUGAAAAACCGAACAUCUUCUUCAAGCCAGUUAAAGUUCAAAUUAAUCCUAACACUCCACAUUUAACGGAUAUUAAACCAUCAAGCUACAAUCUUUGUGGUCAGUUAAAAAUUGAGGAACUCCCGACUGGAUCUUUGCAGAUGUCGAAGAGAAAAGUUAUUCUGGCUCCAACUGAAGGAAAGAAAACAGACGCGAUAUCAGCAACAACAGACAGCGAAGGAAAGUUUUGUUUCCAGGUUCAGCCCGGAAAAUAUCGUGUUCAGCCCGUUGUACUAACGCCAGAAAUGAACGCCGGUCUGGUUCUGAAACCCGAAGAGCACAAUGUUCAAAUUGUAAACGAACCACGUUUUGAUGUAACAUUCAAACAAUUCUUGGCAAGUGUCAGUGGAACAGUUCAUUGUUUAGACGGUAGCUGCGGCAGUUUGGGUAUCUCACUAGUGUCUCAACGUCAAACUGAUCAAAAGAAACUCACAGCUAUGGUCAAAGAUGGGUCAAAUGGAGGCACUUUCGUCUUCCCCAAGGUUCUACCAGGAAAGUACAAAGCUGUUGUACUGCAAGACCUGUGGUGUUGGAAGAAUAAAUCUCUAGAUGUUAUGAUCAUGGAGAAAGUUGUUACUGACAUGCAGUUUAUUCAGUCCGGCUAUGUUCUAAAAUGUUCUCUGACACACAAUAUAACAUUGCACUUUGCAUUAGAAGGAAGCUCUGAGGUUGUUGGCUCGUUCAACUUGACAAAAGGCGUGAAUAUAUUUUGCCUCAAUGAACCAGGAGUGUAUACAUUGACUCCGAAAUCUUGUCACCGCUUUGACCAAGAUUCUUAUAAAUACAACACCUCAGCCCAGACGUUCUUAACUUUUACUGCCAAGAAACAUUUAUUGUCCGUAAAAAUUCGUGCGAGUCAACUUGCACAAGAUUCAAAAUUAAAAAUAAGACGUCUAAAGGGAAAAACUGAGGAUAUUGUUGAACCUGUACUGAAAGAAAAAGAGCGUCGGUCUGAGGGCAACGAUACUGCGGCUAAGGAAGAAGAUAAACAAUAUUUAUAUGAAGUUUCCUAUUGGGCAAAGAAAGAUGAACAACUUGAAAUCACACCUGUUUCAUCAGAACUGCUUUUCUAUCCUCCUGUGAAAACUGUUGUAAUCAAAGAUGCAUGUCCUGGAGGAAGUGUUGAAUUCGAUGGGCAAGUUGGUGUAUUUAUUGAUGGACGUAUUGAUCCCCCAUUGGAGAAUGUCAAAGUGUUUAUUCAAUCUGAUUCAUCUGAGGGAUCCAAGGAGACUAUGACUGUGUCUAGUGAUGCCCAGGGAUUAUACAGAGUUGGUCCUCUUCAUGGGAAUCUGAGAUAUGACUUGUCUGCGACGAAAGAAGGAUACACUCUCAAUCCAGUACAAGGAGAGAAAGGUCACUUCAAGGCUGUCAAACUAGGGAAGAUAGAAAUUAAAGUGUCAGAUGAAUCAGGCAGUCUGCUAUCGGGAGUCUUAGUAUCAUUAAGUGGAAGCAGUUUUCGUCAGAACCGGAUAACAACUGAAAACGAAUCACUAAUAUUUUCUGACUUGGUUCCUGGUGAAUAUUUUUUUAAACCGAUGCUCAAGGAAUUUAUUUUUUCCCCUGUUUCUCAGAUUGUUCAACUCAAAGAAGGAACGACGGUAGUUGCAACAUCCGAAGGCAAGAGAGUGGCAUUCAGUUGUUACGGCUCCGUCACAUCGCUUAAUGGAAGACCUCAAAAGGAUGUUUCUUUAGAGGCGGUAGGUUUAGACAGCUGCGAGGGCAACCAAGAAGAAACAGUGACUGAUGUUGACGGACAGUAUAGACUUCGAGGAUUGCAGCCUGGUUCUACGUACCGAGUAAGAGUGAAAGCAGGCGAAAUGAACGCGCAUAUUGAGAGAUCUACACCUCAGUACAUUGAUAUUCAGGUAUUAAGAAAUGAUUUGGAAAAUGUUCGUAUGAUUGUGUUCCGAGAGACUGGUUUAGUGGAUGUUUCCGGGAAUAUUCUCACAGAUUCGCAAUUUCUCUCUUCAGUUAAGCUUCUCUUGUAUCGCGAGAAAAACCUGGAUUCACCAAUCCAUUCAACCACGGCAAGCCUGACCGGCUUCUUUCAAUUCCCACCGAUAGCAAGUGAUAACCAGAAUUAUAUGAUCAAGUUAGAAUCAAGUUUAUCUUCUCAUCAAUACAAAAUGAAAUUCCCCGAGACAGCUUUUACAGCUUCCGGGCAUCGAGUUCAUGUCAAGUUAGAAUUUAGACCUCAGAAACAUUUCUUAGAUCAGGAAGCAUCACACACAUCUUUUCUGUUUUUACCAAUUCUUCUCGGUGCACUCGUGAUUGGCGUGUACUAUUCUAAGAUUUCAAUUUUUGUUCGUGAUACAUUCCAAUAUUUACAAAAUGAACAAAUCCCUGAGAAUGGCGAAGAAAUGACAAGAAGUAAAAGAAGAAGGCGAUAAAAAAUCACACACACAGUCUUAAUAUUUAUUUACUAAUGAUUAAGAAAUUCCUCCAAGAUCGACGAAUUUCGCCAAAAUUAAGCCCGCCCCCUUUAAAUGUACAGUAGCAUUCGGCUUAUAUUUGUCUGGUGUGAACGUUUAUAGUAUUUGUAUCACGUCAGUUUGGGAAAUAGUAGAUCUGUGUAAAAGCGUGCAUUGUGCUAGACUGGCCAGUCGAUUGCAGUAGUGGACUUUAUGUUCUUUAUAUUGAGCCAACGAUGGUUGUGCUUCGUAUAUGAUCGUAACCAGCAUGCAACGGAACAAUGCUUUGUAAAACCGAGGCCGUGUUAGGUCAAUUUUUCUUGCAACUUGCAAUGCAAUUCUACUUUUGAAAAAAUGUAGAUUACUGCAGAACAUCUGUAGAGUGUAAUAAACACAAGUUUCCUAGUUACCAAAUUUACAUGUCUCAAAAGUAGAAUUGCAUUAGAUGCUGUGUUUUAUGUUUAGCAUUUAACUACAUUUUAUUCCUAUUUUCACAAUAUUUUCUGAGUGCUAGCAUAUUUUUAUUAUUGAACUGCAAAUUACAGCGUGAGUUACAAAAGUGGGCAGAGAUUAUUUUUGUGGAGCUUAACCACUGAAUUACACUACCAGCUGUGCGGGGCUGUUGCCUGUGUGUACGUGAGGGCCAAGCAGUAGACUUAAACUUUAGCUUGGCAGAGAGAAAAUAAUCUCUCUAUAGAUGGUGAUGAGGUAUAGAAAAAUUUGGUCUGAUUUUAUGCCCCAGGCAUGGCCAUAUACUUGAAGUAUGUAAUGUGUAUUUUUGUAAACACAAUUUUGUUUAACACA